AUGGAUUUUGACGAAAGCUUUUACGCCCCCGGCCCCGAGGGCCGCGAUGUCUGCAUCUCAACAUUCCACGGCUCUGCCCUCUACCUGCACUCGCGGGUAUUGAUCAUGUUCUCUCCCUGGUUCGCCGCCAGCAUGUCUACGCUGUGGUGGAAAGAUAAAGACCCACCACCGAAUUGGAAGUUCCGCUACACCUACCUGCUCGACGUCGACAACGACGACAUCUCCACCCUUCUCCCAGCCCGCCAGGGGAGAGAAGGAAACAUCCCAAGAGCUCAAGAUCUAGGAGCACCUGAUCCACAGCCUACGAACUUCCACCACCUCUAUACCCAGCUCUUCAGCGCCCUCUACCGCCUCCCCCUCACCAUCCCCGACCACCAUUACCUCUCCGCCCUCAUCGACCUCGCCGACCAAUACCAGUGCCUCCCCGCCGUCGCCGACUCCAUCCGCUCCACCCUCUUCGAGCGCCCCACGCUCGACCGCGAGAUCCACGACGCCCCCGCCCGUUUCCUCGCUAUCGGCUAUAAACUGCGCUCCGCGCGCAUCUUCCGCGAAGCAUUCAUCCACAGUGUCGGGCUGCGCACCGUCGCCGACGCCCCCACCACGCAGAUCUCGGCAAUGAUCACCAUGGAGGUGUGUCGGCUCGAGCAGCUGGUUGCUGCUGCGAUGCGUCAAUUCCUCGGCUUAUCUGGGUUCGGCGAGUAUACGAGGAGUGUGAGGGCCUUGGUGAGGCGCGAGCUGGGGAGGUGCUUUGAUCAGUAUCCCGAGGUGGGCAAGGAGGGGAAGCUGUUUAGGAUGAUUGUGGAGAACCCGUUUAACGCGGAGGAGCACGCGGAGGAGACGGUGCAGUAUCAGGCGAGGGGGCUGGUGACGAAGGAGAUGGAUUAUUUGACGUGUGCGGAGCUGAAGGAUGAUGCGCUGCCGUGGCUGUAG